CCCAUCAUUGGUUUCAGUGGGAGGAAUGGUGCCCCAUCAUUGGUAUCAGUGGGAGGAGUGGUGCCCCAUCAUUGUUUUCAGUGGGAGGAAUAGUGCCUCAUCACUGAUGUCAGUGGGAGGAAUAGUGCCCCAUUAUUGGUGUCAGUGAGAGGAACAGUGCCCCAUCAUUGGUGUCAGUGGAAGGAAUAUGCCCCAUCGUUGAUGUCAGUGGGAGAAAUAGUGCCCCAUCGUUGGUAUCAGUGGGAGGAAUAGUGCCCCAUCGUUGAUGUCAGUGGGAGAAAUAGUGCCCCAUCAUUGGUAUCAGUGGAUGGAAAAGAGUUCCAUCAUUGUUGUCAGUGACGGAAAUAAUGUUUCAAUGUUUAUAUCAGUUGGAGGAAUAGUGCUUCAUAUCUGUGUUCAGAAUCCCCAAAGACUGGAGAAAGGCAAGCAAAGGGCCGCAUAUGGCCUGUGGGCCACA